AUGAUUCUGGAAUUCUUGGGUCGAACUCUUGUAAUUCCUCGUCCUAGCAUUUACCUCGGACUCGGGAUGCCGAUGGGUGCUGUGUUCUACUAUAGCAUUUUGGGAACAUUCAUUUGCACUGGGAUUCUCCUUGGGACCACUUUCAUAAUUAUACUCGAUGUUGUUGAUGAGAUUGACGAGUUUCGUACUCUCGUCGAAGAAGAUCUCAACCAAUUCAAGGCUCAUGCUGACGACGCAUGGAUGAUGAUGAUGACAGCGAACCAAGCAUCAUCAGCAAGACGGCACAGCGCUUUCUUCAAUUCCGUUGUCCGUACUAGGAGACAAGGAUCAUACGCAACAGGAGGUCAACAGGGAUCAUACUCAUCAGGAAGUCAGCGAGGAUCACACACAUCAGGAAGUCAACAAGGAUCAUACACAGCAGGAAGUGGACAAGGAUCAUUUACAGCAGGAAGUGAACAAGGAUCAUUCACAGCAGGAAGUGAACAAGGAUCACACACUUGGGGAAGUCAAGCAGCAGUAAGCCAAUCAGCUGGGUGUCAAUGUGCAGCUCAAGCCAGCUCAUGCCCUCGAGGACCACCUGGUAAGACUUAUUCGAACAGACUUUAUAGACAACAACUAAGGCUUGUUUAUUUAGGACCACCUGGACAACCAGGAUUGGCAGGAGAAGACGGGCUUCCGGGCCAGCCUGGACAGCCAGGUUCUGCCGGCCACGCUGAGGCCGCAUCGCACCAAGGCGGAUGCAUCCAGUGUCCAGCCGGACCUCCUGGACCACCUGGACCCGACGGAGGACCUGGUCCAGCUGGAGCCCCUGGAAAUCCAGGACAGGAUGGGCAAGGAGGUGGAUCAGGACCCGCAGGACCACCAGGACCUCCAGGAGCGCCUGGACAGAAUGGAAACCCCGGUGCACCAGGACAAGAUGGAAUUCCUGGAGCACCUGGUACCCGAUCGAGCAGCUUACCCGGUCCAGCUGGUGCCCCAGGACCACAAGGAGCACCUGGGACGCCUGGUGAGAAUGGCAGUGGUUUUGGAGCCGGAGCACCAGGACCAGCAGGACCACCUGGUGCCCCGGGUAAUGAUGGACAACCUGGAAGCCCAGGACAACCUGGACAACCUGGUUCCAAUGGAAGUCCUGGAACGGAUGCUGCUUACUGCCCUUGUCCACCAAGAACUCAUAAGUUGGCCUGA